CCUCACCACUUAUUCACUGAAAUUUUUAACCUCCUUCUUUGCUUUACUCAAGAUGUCGACUACAACAAAGGAUCCCCAAGGCGUCCUGCAGGAAGCUAAGGACGCUAUGAUGGAGUAUUACACUUUGCUUUGUCGAAUGCCUCAUAUGAAGCCAGAAUGCCUGCGGGUGCCUCCUGCUGAGGGCUGGUCUGGGACUCAUGCUGAUGACUUGAGAAAGCAAGGCUGGUCAGACCAAGCUGCUGAAAUCAGUCGCCAUCUUCCGUUUUUAGCGCCUGGGUUGUAUGAUGCCGAACACGCUUGGAUUACUUGGAGCUCGACGGCUGUGGCUUUUGAUCAACCAGUGAACGACUUCUAUCUGUCACGCACUUCGACUACAGACCAACCAAAACCACCGUAUCUGCCACCACACGUUAUCUACAUUGGGCAGGGCUACAGCGAAGCGAAGGAAUAUCUUCUACUAGAUACGGAGCUUGGAAAGAUCGUCAGCUAUCCAAACUACGGUGGUGACUUCGCGCCGCCGAACUUGACGUUCGACGAAUACGAAGCCCUUGCACCCGAGCGGAAGUGGAAGGCUCACCCAACUCUGCCACUUAAGGCGUUCUUUGAGCGGGCAUCUACUCGCCUGAAGCGCCUGGUGUACAUACCUGUGCCCUGCCGCCGUAGAGGUCCCAGCUUCCACUUCCGCGCUGAAUGGCCUGCAGAGGAAGCAGCACUUCUUGCAGUUGAGGAUGAGUUCGAUGCGGAGCAUGAAGCCAAUGAUGACUACUUUGAUAACGAGAACGAUGAUGACUACGUUGAUAACGAGAACGAUGAUGAGCAAGAUGAGAUAGACUUGGAAGACUUGCGGCUAAGUGGCGACGAAGACGGCGGGGAAGAUGAGGCAGAGGAUGAAGUCUCCGAUGACGAGAUGGAAUGGCUGCGCCACGAUGCUGAGCAAGCCGAGUAUCAGCCGGCUCCACGCCUUGAGAGGCCAGAACUCAAGCCAUUGCCAGAGAAGACGAAGAAAGUCUACGAAGCGUACAAGCAGAAUGGGUGGCCGCACGAUCACUUUAACGUAGAGAAGUGUCGGGUAGAGCUUACGGCGCUCCAAGAUGAGUGGGACCGGGUGCAAAAGGCAGAAAUGGAGGCGAAAAGUAAGAACAAGAAAGAGGAUUAUGUGAAGAGAUUGACCCCAGAGUAACUCAAGACGAUCGAGGAAAGGAAGAAAUUGGCU